CUCUCCAACACCACAGCUAGUAGCUGUGCUAGCUGCAUCUAUAUAUCGUCACCAGCAACGCCAUUGCUUGUAGCUCGAUCGCGUCGUUAGGUUUGUGUUGUUAGCAUAGUGAUGGAGGAGGACCCGCAGCCGCAGGUGGAGGUGCCCUGCUACUUCCUGUGCCCCAUCUCGCUGGCCAUCAUGCGAGACCCCGUGACGCUCCCCACCGGCAUCACCUACGACCGCGACGGCAUCGAGCGCUGGCUCCUCACUGCCACCACCUGCCCGCUCACCAAGCAGCCCGUGCCGGCGGACUGCGACCCCACGCCCAACCACACGCUGCGCCGCCUCAUCCAGUCAUGGUGCGCGCUCCACGACGCCGACAGCGCCGACCGCGUCCACACGCCCAAGCCCCGCGUCGACCGCACCGCCGUCACCGCGCUGGUCUCCCGGGUCCACUCCGCCGCCACCGGGUCGGCGCCGCCGCAGCGCCCACAGCUCCUCGCCGCGCUGCGCGAGCUCAGGGACGUGGCGGCCGAGAGCGACCGCAACCGGAAGCUCGUCGCCGCCGUCCCAGGCGCGGUGGACGUCCUAGCCGCGGUGUUCGCGGCGUCGGCCAACAAGUCGUCGGAAGGCACAGGCACCGCCGAUGCCGUCCGCGACGAUGCGCUCGAGGUCAUCGCCUUGCUCCCGGUCCCCGAGCAAUGCCUGCGCCGCCUCGAGGAGACGAACGAGGCGCUGGUCUCCGCGCUCGUCUCCGCGCUGCAGUGGUCCAGCGCCCCGUCCAGGGCGCGCGCAGCGCUGCUCCUGGAGCGCGUCACGGCCGCCCUGCCGCCCAGCCGGCUGGCAUCCCUCCCGGAGCAGGUGUUCAGGGAGGCCGUGGAGCUGCUCCGCGACAGGCCGGUGUCCAGGCCCGCGACCAAGGCGGCGCUGCAGGUGCUGGUGCGCACGGCAGCGUGGGGACGCAACCGCGUCAAGGCAGUGGACGCCGGCGCGGUGCCCGUGCUCGUCGACAUGCUCUUCGACGACGGGGCGGAGCGCCGCGCGUGCGAGCUCGUCCUGGCGGCUCUGGACCGCCUGUGCGGGUGCGCGGAUGGGCGCGCCGAGCUGGUGGCGCACGCCGCGGGAGUGGCGGCCGUGGGCAGGAAGGCGCUGAGGGUGUCGGAGGUGGCCACGGACAAGGCAGUCAGGGUGCUGCGGUCCGUGGCGAGGCACGCGGGGACGUCGGCGGUGGUGCAGGAGAUGGCGCAGGCCGGCGUGGCGGCGAUGCUGUGCGUGGUGGCCCAGUCGGAGCAGUACGGCAAGAGGACGAGAGAGCGCGCGCGGGAGACGCUACGGCUGCACGCGAGGGCAUGGCGGACCUCGCCGUGCUUGAAUCACCACCUCCAGGCCGUGUACCCUUGCUAGAAGCACGCCAAUAUUUGCUCGAUCACGCAUGCAUAGGGGUGGAUAUCGAGCCAGCUCGGCUCGUUAUGGCUCGGCUCGUUCUGGCUCGUUAUUGUAACGAGCCAGCUCGGCUCGGCUCGUUAUACUAACGAGCUAAACAGCUGGCUCGGCUCGGCUCGUUAGGAAGCUCGAGCCAGCUCGUUAGGCUCGCGAGCCACACAACUAAAUACAAAGAUCUAUGUACAUAAAUAUAUAUAUAUAACCAAAAAAUCAUAUUUUAAGUGUUU